AUGGGCGAAGCUGACAGUGGCACCCCGCGCUCGACCACCGACCCGCCGCUGCUGAAGGCGCCCAAGGACAAAAACUGCCCCUUCUGCGGCCAGGCCUUCACCUCGAGCUCCCUGGGCCGCCACCUCGACCUGUACAUCCGGCCCAAGAACCCAAAGGCCGCCGACGGCAUCCACCUCGUCGACGAGAUCCGCAAGCUGCGCGGCGGCAUCACGAGGCGGCAGGCCAAGGGCAGCAUCUCGAAGAAAGAUGAUGGCGCCGCCUGCACGCCGCUGCACGCAAAGCACGCAAAGCACACAAAGCACGCCAAGCACAGCGUCGCCAGCGAGGGCUCGUCGACGCUGGUGCAGAGCCCAGACGACGAAGACGAUGACCACCACCACCACCACCAAGACCAAGACCACGACCACGACAACGACAACGAUGGGGGGCUGGGCAUCGACCUGGGCAAGACGCGCGGCCAGUUCAAGGACGUGAGCUGGGGCACCAGCAACCGCCAGCUGUCGCGCGCCCUGGGCACAAAGGCUCCCGAGAUGCGGCGAGAGGCGUCGCGGCAGAUGCGCAAGCAAGAGCUGGACCAGCGACAGCGCCACGGUAGCGAUGUCGAGACGGCGAGAGCAGCCGAGAUGGCGCUGAGGGAGCUGUUGAAGAGCGUGCGCGAGGCCAACGUCAAGGCUACCGGCUGCGGCCUCUUCGACCUCGACCCAUACACGCUCAACUUCCCCUCGCUGUGCCUGCACAUCCUGCCCGCCCCCUCGACCCUCUUCUCGCCCACCCCCUUCCCCACCCCCGACUCGUGGUCCAUCACACCCCCCGCCCAGAAGCAGCUCGACGCCCUCAACCGCUGCGUCCGCGAGCGCCUGCUGGCCCUCCAGCGCCAGCGCCAGAUCGACCAGGUCUACCCGCCCGCCGGCCACUCGAACCCCGCCUCGGCCGCCACCUCGCCCCUGCCCACGCCGCCGCUGUUCGAUCCAGAUCCCCAGAAGCUCUUCAGCCACAUCGCAGACGCCUACAACCACUGGAUGCACCAGUCGGAAAAGACGCGUCAGGAAUACUGGCAGAUCGAGAUCCUCCGCUGCUAUGCCCGCGCCAACGAGUCGCGCAGAGAGACCGAGGUGCAGCUGGACAACGCCCGCCGCGAGAUCGAGUACCUCAAGGCCAACAGAUGGACAUCGGGCGCCCCUGAUGUCUCGCCCGUGAGCAUCACCCUGGGCGCAGAGACAGCGAAGGAGCUGGGCAAGCAAGGCAUGGACUUCCGCAACUGGGACUUUGACCGCCUCAUCGACAAGUGGAGAGCCGUGGUGCGCGAGGACCGGUCUGUAUCCUCCGGCAUGGCUGCCCAGAAGCAGCUCCCAGACUCGAGAAGCUGUUCCAUGGCCAGUCUGCCUCCCCAGUCCUUCGCCGCCGUGAAUAGACCCGCCCAAGGCAGCCCCACCAAGAUGGACACAGCCAUGCCCUUCUCUGCACCAGCAACGGUAAACGGCGAAAGCGACCAGGUCGACGCCGAGGGCGAUGACGACGACGAGCACCUCGAUCUCGACUCCAGCGCGCUUCCAGACGACGACUCGAUGCACCAGCACCCUCCUCCCCACUCCAUGCAACAGCACCACAGCCUGCCACUCCAGCCAACACCCAUCCACCCUUCACAGCAACACCACCCACACAUGCAGGCCCCCAUGCAUGUCACACAAGCCCAGGCCCAAGCUUCGAUACAGGCCCACGCACACGCCCAAGUCCACGCCCAGGCCCAGGCCCAGGCUCAAGCAUGGGCUGCAGCUCGCCAGCACAUGAACCAGUCGCGCAACCAGAACUACAGCCCCCACCAGCACCAGCAGAUAUCGCCUCACCCCCAGCAUACGCAGCACAUGGGCUCCGCCGCCAACAGUCGACGUCCAUCGGUGGUCAUGAUGGAUCCGCACGUCAUGAACUCCGGCGGCAUGGCCGGUUCCAUGGGCAUCCCAGGCAUGGAGGGGAUCGAAGGCCACCAAGAUCAGUAUCUCCGAAUGGACCUUGGAUCCAUGGCUGGCUUCGUCGGCUCCAAUGACGGCGGCGUCUCGAUGGGCACAUAG